AUGACAGUGACGUGGAGGCGUGAAGGCGACGCCGGGCUGGUCGAACUCGCCAAUCCGCCGGUGAACGCAAUGGGUCUGGCCGUGCGGCAAGGGCUGCUGGACGCCGUCAGAUGGGCGGAAAACGAACCCGGUCUUUCGCGCGUCAUCGUCUCCGGCCAGGGCAGGGCUUUUGCCGCCGGCGGCGAUGCGCGCGAGUUCGACGGCGAUCCCGUUCCGCCGCAUCUGCCCGACGUGCUCGAUGCCAUCGAAGCCAGCACGGUGCCUUGGAUCGCCGCGGCCCAUGGCGUGGCGCUUGGCGGCGGUGCGGAGCUGAUGCUCGCCUGCCGCUACCGCAUCGCGGCGCCGGAGACCAAGAUCGGUCUGCCGGAAGUCACGCUGGGCGUGGUGCCCGGCGCGGGCGGCACGCAACGCCUGCCGCGCCUUGUCGGUCUUGAUACGGCGCUCGACAUGAUCGCCAACGGCAAGCCGGUCGGCGCACUCGACGCGCAGGAGAUGGGAUUGGUGGAUGCGGUGGCCGACGAUCCGGUUGCCCAUGCGAUGUCGCUCGAUAUGACCUCAGUGCAGGACCGGCCGAUCCUGUCGGCGCUCGACGGUCCGGCGCCCGACGAUGACGCCGUCCAGAAGGCACGCGCGACGGCGCACAAGCGCAUGCGCGGGCAGAUCGCACCGCAAAAGGCGAUCGACCUUGUGGCCUUGUCGGCCACUACAGCAUUUCGCGACGCGCUGGCCCGGGAGCGCCAGACGUUCAUCGAGCUGCGGUCGACGGAACAGGCAAAGGCGCUGCGCCAUAUCUUCUUUGCCGAGCGGGCGGCGAAGGCGCCAGGCUGGCUUGACGCCGAACCGCUGAAGGUCGAGCGCGCGGCGGUUGUCGGCGGCGGCACGAUGGGUGCGGGCAUCGCUUAUGCGCUGCUCCUGGCCGGCAUCGGUGUGACGCUUCUUGAGACCGAUGCCGACGGGGUCGAGCGCGCCAAGGCCAAUAUUGGCCGGAUUAUGGAUGCAAGCGGCAGGCGCGGGCUCCUGUCAGAUGACAAGCGCGCAGGGAUCGAAGCGGCGCUGACGGUCACGGACGAUUAUCGUGCGGCGGCCAAGGCGGAUCUUGCCAUCGAGGCGGCAUUCGAGAGCAUGGAGGUCAAAAAGACCGUGUUCGGCGCGCUUGAAAAGGCGCUGCCGGCCGAUGCCGUGCUCGCCACCAACACAUCCUAUCUCGACGUCAACGAGAUCGCCGCCGGCCUUGCCGAUCCGUCGCGGCUGAUGGGCCUGCAUUUCUUUGCACCGGCGCACAUCAUGAAACUGCUCGAGAUCGUGCAGGGUGAUGCGACGAGCCAUCGUGCGCUGGCGACCGGCUUUGAUCUUGCCAAGCGCCUGCGGAAGGUGCCCGUUCUGUCCGGGGUCUGCGACGGCUUCAUCGGCAACCGAAUUCUGGCCCGCUAUCGCGAGGCGGCCGACACGCUCCUGAUGGACGGGACCAACCCCUGGGAGCUUGACGAGGCGAUGGUCGAAUUCGGCUACGCGAUGGGACCCUAUGAAGCGCAGGACCUGUCCGGCCUCGACAUCGCCCAUGCCAACCGUCAGCGCCAGGCCGCGACCCGCGAUCCGGACCGGCGCUACAUUCCGAUCGGCGACCGCAUGGUUGCCGAAGGGCGCCUUGGCAAGAAGGUCGGCGUCGGCUGGUAUCGCUAUCCGGGCGGGGGCGGCAAGGUCGUCGAUCCGCUGAUCGAGGAUCUGGUUCGCGAGGAAGCUCAUUUCGCCAAGGUCGAGCGGCGCGAGUUCACGGACGAUGAAAUCCGCCGCCGGCUGGUGCUGGCGAUGAUCAACGAGGCGGCCGACAUCUUGGCCGAAGGGAUCGCGCAGCCGGCGGCCGACAUCGAUCUGGUGACGGUGUUCGGCUACGGCUUUCCGCGCUGGCGGGGCGGGCUGAUGCACUAUGCCGACACGCUCGGCGUCGAUGCCAUUGUCGCCGACCUGCGGGCUCUGGAGGCCGAAGACCCGAUCGCCUGGAAACCGAGCGCGGCGCUUUUGGCCUGUGCCCAGCAGGGCAUUGCGCUGCGCGACUAUCGUCCAAACCCUUAG